GCUAAUUUUGAAUCGGAGGAACGUUAUUAGAAACGCGGCUCGCUCACGUGCCGAGGGCCUACCGCGCAUGCGCCAGAGAAACAAGAUGGCGGAGAGUGCGGAAUUGAAGCAAAUGGUGAUGAGCCUGCGUGUCUCUGAACUGCAAGUACUCCUAGGAUACGCUGGUCGCAAUAAGCACGGAAGAAAGCACGAACUAUUGACCAAAGCACUCCACUUGCUGAAGGCUGGCUGUAGUCCCGCUGUACAGAUGAAGAUCAAGGAGUUGUACCGCCGCCGCUUCCCCACAAAAAUGGUAUCCCCGACAGACCUCUCUCUCCCUGGGGUCCACUCCACAACAGGUGUAGCAUCCGCAGGUUUACCUGCGAGCCUCGCCCAACUUGGGUUUGACAGCCAUGGCGCGCCUUCGCCUCUGCUGCCUGUCUCACUCCUGGGGCCAAAGCAUGAGCUGGGCCUUCCACACCUGUCUUCUGCCCUGCAUCCUGUCCAUCCAGACGUCAAGCUUCAGAGGCUUCCUUUCUAUGACGUGCUGGAUGAACUGAUCAAGCCCACCAGCCUGGUUCUUCCUUACUAUAAGCAGUUUAAAUUGACCUCAGACAACAAUCAGAGGUUUCAGGAAACGUGCUUUGCAUUUGCGUUGACGCCACAGCAAGUCCAACAGAUCAGCAGCUCAAUGGACAUCUCUGGGACCAAAUGUGACUUUUCAGUACAAGUUCAGUUAAGGUUUUGCUUAUCAGAGACAAGUUGUCCUCAGGAAGACCAUUUCCCACCAAACCUCUGUGUGAAAGUGAACGGAAAGCCCUGUAACCUCCCCGGCUAUCUUCCUCCAACUAAAAAUGGAGUAGAGCCAAAAAGACCAAGCAGGCCCAUCAACAUUACCUCUCUGGUCCGUUUAUCCACAACAGUCCCCAACACUAUUGUGGUAUCUUGGACGUCGGAAAUCGGCAGGAGUUAUUCCAUGGCGGUGUACCUCGUCCGACAGCAGUCCUCUUCAGUAUUGCUGCAGAGACUACGGUCGAAAGGCAUCAGGAACCCAGACCACUCAAGAGCACUCAUCAAAGAGAAGUUGACAGCUGACCCUGACAGUGAGAUUGCUACCACUAGUCUGAGAGUCUCCCUCCUCUGUCCGCUGGGGAAGAUGCGGCUGAUGGUUCCGUGCCGAGCGCUGACCUGCUCACACCUGCAAUGCUUUGACGCUACACUCUACAUCCAAAUGAAUGAGAAAAAACCCACCUGGGUGUGUCCAGUCUGUGACAAGAAGGCCCCAUAUGAACACCUCAUCAUCGAUGGGUUGUUCAUGGAGAUCUUAAACAGUUGUGUAGACUGUGAUGAGAUCCAGUUUAAGGAGGAUGGUAGCUGGGCACCUAUGAUCUCCAAAAAGGUGGUGCAGGAGGUGUCUGCUUCGUCCAACGGCUUAGAGGGUUCAUGUCGACCAGUGCUAUCUGAGCACAAAAACAGUUCAUCACACACCAGCAGUAGCAACAAUAAAAAAGUGGAAGUGAUUGACCUUACACUAGACAGCUCCUCAGAUGAUGACGACGAUGACGACGAUGAUGAUGAUGAAGAACCUCCUUCUAAACGAGCAUGUCCAUCUCUUUCACCCACCUCACCACCAGUCACUAAAGGGGUGUUGAAUCUUCACCAUCAGGCAUCUCCGGUGACGCGAGCUCCGAGCAUGCCAGCAGUGGAGACAAACUACAUUCCCCCUCCACCUCCUCUCAUUCAGGACUACCGCCACUAUUACCACACGCCCAGUGACCUGUCAGAUCUGAAUUUCUUUUCAUUUUUACCAGGGGAAAAUCAUCCGCAUUACAACAUGGUAAUGGCAGCAGCAGCCGCAGCAUCUGCCUCGGCGUCAACGUCAGACGAUCAUGAGCUCCUCCGCUUCUUGCCCUAUAACUCCUCACAGCUGUACCUGGAGCAAGCAGGCACGGCGCCGAGCAGUUCACUGGCACCACCCAAUGGCAGCGCGGGCAGCAGUAGCAGCCUGCGGGACAGCCAUGGGCACAGCAGUGUGUCCCGCUCACGGUCAGACACAGCUGCCUCAGUCAUAUACGGCUCCAUCCCUGACGUCAUCUCACUCGACUGAGCACACAGGCACAGCAACCCAAAGACUGGCAAGACGGGCUAUCUGCACCUUCCAUGGGAGACAAGAGAAGCCUGGUGCGCUUCAGAGGAUUUAGAGACGAACGAGACAGAAGGAAAAGAGGGGUGGGGGGGAGGACAAAUACCUUUGUAAAAAAAAAUAAAAUGAAAAAGAUAACGCUGUACAGAGAAGAAAUAUCUAUUUUCAGUUUUACUUUUGUAUAUAAACAAUAGGACGCUGCCUGCCCAGUGAGUGACUUCAGUUCAUAUUUUUUGUGUGAAUACUGAAGGUGUUUUUUCACUUCUCCAUGUGCUGUCCCUUGACUUAUUCUAUAUCUUUUAUACUCUUUUUGCUAUUUUAUUUCACCUCAAACACUUAUUUCAAUCCCAGUCAUUUUGAUCUUUUUUGAGGGGUCAGUAUGUUAUUUAAUGACACUUUGUUGUGCAGGUAAUUUAUGAUGCUUUUAAGUUAUAUAGUUUGUAUGCUGUAUAAAAGCAUUUCCUGAUGCCAUUACAGGAUCUAGCCACGAGGCACGCUCAGAACGGCAGACACCUCUUAUUCCAGCUUUGCAUAUACCUCCAUCUAGCUCUCAAUAAAGUAUGCGAAAGAGAAUUUUUUUUUCCCCCCCAGAUAUUUAUGCAGAGAUCAUGUUGCACACGUCUCCCAACUUAUGAAACUAAAUAUUAUUAUGCUAAUUAUUUGAGGCUAAGUAGUUUGCUAUGAGUAAUUUAUCAACUGGGGAGAUAUGUAAUUGAAGGUUUGGUACUAUAGUGUGAUGCAUUUAUGAAGUGAAUCAGUUAACCUAAGAAGUAUAUUUAGACGUCAUGUAGCUGCAGGACAUUGUCCAUGAUGCGUCAUCUAAGUUUGUGUUUUAAGCUAAGGAUUUUCUGUUGUAACAGAAGACUAAUUGAGGUCUAGUGGUCUGGCCACCUUCAGUUUUUAUGAAACAAUGAAAUUAGAUCUUAAUUCAAACUAUCAUGAGCCAGACAUUGGGAAACAAAAAUGUUGUUAACGAUUCUGUUGUGUAUGUUGAUUAGACUGAACAAAGCUGCAUUACAGUGAUCAGAGUUUAAGAGCAAUGACAUGGGUACCAGGAGGUAGUUAGCACCCAUUACAUCCAGUGUUGGUACUUGCUGUUCCCUGCAUUAAGUUCUGUUCAAAAGCGGUCAUGUGCGGCUCUUCUACAGCGUCACGUUUUCAGGACUGUGAUGAUCAUCUCUUUGAAGGGAUAGAUUAACAUUUUGACGAUUGAUAUAUUUUGUUACGUAUAUGUAUAUGUGUGUGUGUGUGUGUGUAUAUAUAUAUAUAUAUAUAUAUAUAUAUAUAUAUAUAUAUAUAUAUAUAUAUAUAUAUAUAUAUAUAUAUAUAUAUAUAUAUAUAUAUAUAUAUAUAUAUAUCACACACACACACUGACGAUCGGGUCAUAACAGCUUGAGAGGGAAAAAAUUCCAGAUUUUUUUUUAGCCAAUACAUAUACACUGAUCUUUAUUAAUAUUUGGAUCUGUGAUCUACAUGUACAUACAUAAGAACUUGAUCUUUGGACCUAUUUUCCAACCAAAUCAACUAUUUCAAUAUCUGGUGCACACUCUUUAUUUUUAUUAUUAUUAUUAUUAUUAUUAUUUUUAUUUUAUUGGCUUAGCAGAGUUUGCUUUUCAAACUGUUGUAAAAGUGUUGCCUUGUUAUAUUGCUGGUCCUAUAGAUCUUCCUUUGGCAUGCAGAAACCUAAAAAUAGGUUUCUGCAUACUGGCAUUACCUUAAUUAGAAAGGAGGGUUUUAAUUGUCAGAAUGCUUAACUAUCCUUUUAAGUGACCUUUUGAGUUUUUUAUUUAAAUGUUUUUCCUGGUGAGAUCACAGCCACAUCAUCUUCAUCACCCCCUCCCCUCACUCUUUGAUUUUUUUUUUAUUUGUUUUUUUUUUUUUUACUGAAUUUAUUUAUUUUUAAUCUAUAUAUUUUUUAGUAUUUGACAAUUAUGCUUUACUGUCAUCGUACAUUUAUUUCAAUAUUAAUUAUUUAAAACACAUUUUGUUUUUCGUCCUUGUGUUCCAUGUUCUGUCAUAUUGAUUUACGUCUGUUCUGUACUUUGAUUCCAUCUCCAGAAUCUAUGGUGUUGUCAGAUUUUACUAUUUCAUUGCAAUUAAACACUUAAACGAUGAAAGCCAGCUGAGUGUGGACGAACUCUGGCUCAAUUGUUAAGACCCCUUAAGAAAUGAUAUGAUCGGCUCAUCAUAGUAUUUAUUUAGCCACUGAUUCAUUAUGCACAGCCAUUAUUACUUGUAUAAAUGUAAGCUUUCAUCAAAACAUAGACGUUGACUGUAGACGCUAUCUACUGUUUCCUAUAGGCCAACAUUUAUGCAUGUAGUACAUGCUAAUUAAACUCAUUAAAUUAAAAAAUAUGUGCACUGAGGGACCAUGACUUGAUCUUGAGAAUUGUUCAUGAAGAAAGUCGGCACUGGAAAAUUCAUUUUGGUGAGGCAUUAGAUUACACUGAACUUAAGCCAUGAAAAUGAAGUAGUCCAUAUCUAGAUUCAGGUAGAAGCACUGUUGUUUAUUUUUUUCUAAAGAAUUGGCACACAGUGCCAUACUCGACUGACACUUAAACCGUUUCCAGGUUUCCAGACAGAAUCCUACCACUAGACAACCCAUUUUAGCUGUACUGGUAAGACUGGUGUGCAUGAGAGCUCUCUGCCUUAAAUUCUUGUAUUAUUUUUAUCAUGAAAGAAAUCAUUAUGUAUAUCAAGCCACUAUCAGUUUGUACAAAACAUCAAAUUAUUUAUUUGAUUUGGGAUACAUUGUUUGCCUAAUGAAUGUUAAUUGUUUAUGUAGAGAGUGGUUUAGCUGUAAUAAAACACAUGCAACUAUUUA